AUUUUGCGGCAUUAAUCCGGUAUUUAAAAAAAUGAUUUUAUUACUACUGGUCUCAUCGUGCAUCUUAUUAUUAUAUUACUAUUGGACGAGACUUUAUACAUAUUGGUUAAGAAGAAACGUACCUUGUCCUAAAUUUUCGUUUUUCGGGAAUAGUCGAAAUGCAUCGAUGCUAAAGAUCACAGUCGCUGAAAGCCUCCAGAUGAUGUACAAACAAUUCGAAGGAUAUCCAUUUGUCGGUAUAUACGAACUCACAACACCGGUCCUCCUGUUGAGAGAUCCAAAAUUAAUUAAAUGUAUUCUCGUGAAAGACUUUACCUGCUUUCAAAGUCGUGGCAUAGUGAUAAACGAACAUGCUGAUCCGCUUAGCGCAAAUUUAAUUAAUAUCAAUGGACAACGCUGGCGAAAAUUGCGCAUGAAGCUUGCAUCCGUCUUCACAACUAGUAAAACUCGACACGUAUUUGAAUUGAUCACAGAAGUAUCAGAAACAUUUAAGCAAUUUAUAGAUCAAUGUGCAGACAAUGAAGAACCCGUGGAAUUUCAAAAUCUUGCUGCCAAGUUUACCAGCGAGAUCAUCGCAACCUGUUUCUUUGGACUUAAAACUAACACGAUACAAAAUGGUGAUUCCGAAUUUCGGAGAAUGUGUAAAAAGAUGAUGGAUCCAUCGUUAGAGAUAGCGAUGAAGAGAUAUGUACGCGAUUACAUGCCCAGAAUAUACAAAUGGUUAUCAGUUUGCUUAACACCUCGAGAUGUUACUGUGUAUUUCAUGAGGAUAGUGAAAGAAAUAAUUAUACACAGAGAAAUGAACAACAUGAGACGAAAUGAUAUUAUGCAAGCUUUAAUAGAUUUAAGAUAUAAAGAAACAAAGAUGAAAGAUGCACAAUCGCAAAACGGGACAUCCGAAUCUAAUGAUAUAGUUAUUGAUGACAAACUCAUCACAGCCCAAGCUUUUAUAUUCCUUUUGGCUGGCUUCGAAACUUCAUCGACGGCUAUGAGUUUUGCUAUGUAUGAGUUAGCUGCUAAUCCUAAGAUUCAAGAAAAGUUGUACGACGAAAUACAAACCAUCUACGAGAAACACGGCUGUUUUUCUUAUGAUACUAUAUCAGAAAUGAAGUAUCUUGAUUGCAUUGUUCACGAAACUCUUAGAAAGUAUCCGCCCGUUGGUGCAACACAAAGAAUCUGCGAAAAAUCGUACAAAAUUCCCGAUUCGGAUGUUGUAUUAGAAAAAGGUACAAAAGUUCUGGUGCCUAUUUAUGCAAUCCACCAUGAUUCGCUUUAUUAUAAAAAUCCAAAUGCAUUUGAUCCGGACCGAUUUAUUGAUGAGAAUAAGAAGCUACAUGACAAUAACACAUAUCUACCUUUCGGUGAUGGACCACGAAUUUGUAUUGGAAUGAAGUUUGCUUACAUCCAAAUAAAAGUAGGUCUCGUUACUCUCAUGGCGAAUUAUAAAGUGGAACUUAGUGAGAAGACUCCUAUUCCAUUACAGUUUGAACCGACUGGCAUUACGUUGACAAGUAAAUCUGGAAUAUGGUUAAAAAUCUGCCGUCGUUUACAAGAAUUAUAUAAGAAGAAAAAUAUUUCUCGAAACUCGUGUCUCGAAAAGAAAUCGAAAAUGCUUGGUAUUGUGUUAGUGUUAUUAGAUCCCUUCUUGCUUAUCGGACUUCUUCUUGGUAGCUUAUACUUUUACCUUAGUGCGACUUUUGAUUUUUGGCAAUGUCGUGGCGUACCAUUCAAAAAGCCGACCGUGCUCGUCGGAAACUUUGGUCCUCUGCUCCUAUUCCGGAAAUCACAAGCGGAAGGUGUCAAAGAGAUGUACCAAUGGUUCAAGGACGAAAGAUUCUUCGGUGCGUUCCGCGUUAGAUCGCCCGUUCUGAUCUUACGCGACCCCGAUCUGGUGAAGAGCGUAUUCGUCAAGGAUUUUGCCUACUUCACAAAUCGUGGAAUUCCAAUCAAUAACGCUCAGGAUCCGCUCUCCGGCCACCUGUUCAACCUCGAAGGACGCAAGUGGAAGAACCUCAGAUCGAAAUUGACGCCCGCGUUCUCGUCGGGCAAGAUGAAACGGAUGUUCUACCUGUUGGUGGAAUGUUGCGAGGAGCUGCAGAGACUCAUCGACGCGAGUUGCAGCGGUGAUCGCAGCACGAUCGAGGUGCGGGAAUUCGCGGCCAAGUUUACCAUCGACGUCAUCGGCAGCUGCGCCUUCGGCAUACAGAUAAACGCCCUCACCGACGAGGAAUCCGAGUUUCACCAGGCAGCGAAGAGACUCUCGAGGCCGAGUUACAAGACGACCCUCUGGAGGAUGCUGCGAACGGCCAUGCCGGGGUUGUACAGGCUGCUGGGCGUGCAGGUCAUCGAUCCGACUGUCACCACAUUCUUCAAGAGCGUCGUAUCGCAGAUGAUCGGCCAAAGGGAGAGAAAUGAAGGGCGAAGACACGACUUUAUGGACCUGCUGAUCGAGCUGAAGAACAAGGGCGUUCUGGAGAACGAAAGCGGCGCGCAAAUCUAUGAUGACGAGAACGCCCAGGCGGCAAAGGAAAUCGAAUUAGAUGAAGAUGCUAUUGCGGCGCAAGCGUUCGUCUUUUUUGCCGCCGGCUACGAAACGUCCUCGAACACCAUCGCGUUCUGUCUUCACGAGCUAGCUUUGAAUCAGGAGAUCCAAGAAAGAACUAGACGGGAGAUAUGCAACGCCUUAGGAAUGCGAGAUAAUAAAUUAACAUACGACGCUGUGCAAGAUAUGAAGUAUCUCGAUAUGGUAAUAUUAGAGACUCUUAGAAAGUACCCGCCUGCUCCACUGAUAUCUCGAAAGUGCGAGUACAAUUACCAGAUACCAAAUAGUAAAGUGGAACUGCCAUCCGGUAUGCGGGUGAUUAUACCAAUUUAUGGCUUCCAUCACGACCCAAAUUAUUAUCCCGAUCCGAUGAAAUUCAAUCCUGAGAGAUUUACGGAAGAGAAUAAACGCACGAGGCACCCUUACACGUAUCUUCCAUUUGGAGAAGGACCACGAAAUUGCAUAGGAAUGCGAUUCGCGUUGCUGCAAAUCAAGAUGGGAAUAAUAUCAUUCCUCAAGAAUCAUCGAGUCGAGAUAUGCGAAAGAUCGAUCGUACCGAUAAAAUUUAGCAGACGGAGUCUCGUGACCACGAGCGAAAGGGGAUUUUGGCUCGCCAUCACUCCAUCCUCCUAGAUCUGUAAAGAUUUCUAUUUUAAAAAAGUUUUAAUAGGAAUAUAUGUGAUUAAAUAUUAAACACGUGUAUAAAAUCGCAAUAAUAAAUAUAUCAUUCUUAAUAAUAUAUCGUAAUAUAUCAUAAUUAUAAUACCGUAAUAUAUCAUAAUUAUCUUAAUUGGCGGCAAAGAUAGAUAGAACAUCAAUUAUUGUUUCUGUAUUAUUUUACUUAAUUAAAUC